GCUUCAGUGACUGUUACAGAAGAAGAGGUGUUAGUGUUGCCAUGAGGUCCUGAUUGUCUGCAUUUAUGAAUGAAACUGACCUAAAUCACCUGUUACCUCCAGUUUCCAGAUUGUUUGAACUUCUCUGGCCGCACAAUACAAGAAGGAAGACUGAAACAGCAUAGGGACCUACAGCGUCUGCAGCAUGGGCUGGUUGACUAGGAUUCUCUUUUUCUGGGGAGUAUUACUUACAGCAAGAGCAAACUAUCUAAAUGGGAAGAACAAUGUGCCAAGGCUGAAAUUAUCCUACAAAGAAAUGUUGGAGUCCAACAACUUGGUCACUUUCAGUGGCUUGGCCAACAGCUCCAGUUACCACACCUUUCUUUUGGAUGAAGAACGGAGUAGGCUCUACGUUGGAGCAAAGGAUCACAUAUUUUCUUUCAACCUGGUCAAUAUCAAGGAUUAUCAAAAGAUUGUGUGGCCAGUAUCUUACACUAGAAGAGAUGAAUGCAAAUGGGCUGGAAAAGAUCUACUGAAAGAAUGUGCUAAUUUCAUCAAAGUACUUAAGAUGUACAAUCAGACUCACUUGUACGCCUGUGGAACAGGGGCUUUUCAUCCAAUUUGCACCUACAUUGAAAUUGGACAUCAUCCUGAGGACAACAUUUUUAAGCUGGAGGACUCACAUUUUGAAAAUGGCCGAGGGAAGAGUCCAUAUGACCCUAAACUGUUAACAGCAUCUCUUUUAAUCGAUGGAGAAUUAUACUCUGGAACGGCAGCUGAUUUUAUGGGGCGAGACUUUGCUAUCUUCCGAACUCUGGGGCACCACCACCCAAUCAGGACAGAGCAGCAUGAUUCCAGGUGGCUCAAUGACCCAAGGUUCAUUAGUGCUCACCUCAUACCAGAGAGCGACAACCCAGAAGAUGACAAAGUGUAUUUUUUCUUCCGUGAAAAUGCAAUAGAUGGAGAACACUCUGGAAAAGCCACUCAUGCCAGAAUAGGUCAGAUAUGCAAGAAUGAUUUUGGAGGGCACAGAAGUCUGGUGAAUAAGUGGACCACAUUCCUCAAAGCUCGUCUGAUUUGCUCAGUGCCAGGACCCAAUGGCAUCGACACACACUUUGAUGAGUUGCAGGAUGUAUUCCUAAUGAACUCCAAAGAUCCUAAAAAUCCAAUUGUAUAUGGAGUGUUUACAACUUCCAGUAACAUAUUCAAGGGCUCGGCCGUGUGCAUGUACAGCAUGAGUGAUGUGAGGAGAGUGUUCCUUGGCCCAUAUGCUCACAGGGAUGGUCCCAACUACCAGUGGGUGCCUUAUCAAGGAAGAGUUCCCUACCCACGACCAGGAACUUGUCCCAGUAAAACAUUUGGUGGAUUUGACUCUACAAAGGACCUCCCUGAUGAUGUUAUAACCUUCGCGAGAAGUCAUCCAGCCAUGUACAAUCCGGUGUUUCCUAUUAAUAACCGCCCGAUUAUGAUCAAAACAGAUGUAAAUUAUCAGUUUACACAAAUUGUGGUAGACCGAGUAGAUGCUGAAGAUGGCCAGUAUGAUGUCAUGUUUAUUGGAACAGAUGUUGGGACUGUUCUUAAAGUAGUUUCAAUUCCUAAGGAGACUUGGCAUGACUUGGAAGAAGUCCUGCUGGAAGAAAUGACAGUUUUUCGGGAACCAACUAUUAUUUCAGCAAUGGAGCUUUCCACUAAACAGCAACAACUUUAUAUUGGUUCAACCGCUGGGGUUGCCCAGCUCCCCUUGCACCGAUGUGAUAUCUAUGGGAAAGCCUGUGCAGAGUGCUGCCUCGCCCGAGACCCGUACUGCGCCUGGGAUGGCUCUUCAUGCUCUCGCUAUUUUCCCACUGCAAAGAGACGUACAAGACGACAAGAUAUAAGAAAUGGAGACCCACUGACUCACUGUUCAGACUUACAACACCAUGAUAAUCACCAUGGCCACAGCCUUGAAGAGAGAAUCAUUUAUGGAGUAGAAAACAGUAGCACAUUCCUGGAAUGCAGUCCUAAGUCACAGAGAGCGCUGGUCUAUUGGCAAUUCCAGAGGCGAAACGAAGAACGAAAAGAAGAGAUCAGAGUGGAUGAACAUAUCAUCAGGACAGAGCAAGGACUUCUACUGCGUAGUCUGCAGCGGAAGGAUUCAGGCAAUUAUCUCUGUCAUGCUGUGGAACAUGGGUUCAUGCAAACCCUUCUUAAAGUGACCUUGGAAGUCAUUGACACAGAGCACUUGGAAGAACUUCUUCACAAAGACGAUGAUGGAGAUGGCUCUAAAACCAAAGAAAUGUCCAACAGCAUGACCCCUAACCAGAAGGUCUGGUACAGAGACUUCAUGCAGCUGAUUAAUCACCCUAAUCUGAACACGAUGGAUGAGUUUUGUGAACAAGUUUGGAAAAGGGACCGAAAACAACGUCGGCAACGGCCAGGGCAUUCCCAAGGGAACAGUAACAAAUGGAAACACUUACAGGAAAAUAAGAAGGGUAGAAAUAGGAGGACCCACGAAUUUGAGAGGGCACCCAGGAGUGUCUGAGCUACAUUACCUCUAGAAACCUCAAAACAAGUAGAAACUUGCCUAGACAAUAACUGGAACAAAUGCAAUAUACAUGAACUAUUUUCAUGGCAUUUUGUGGAUGUUUACAAUGGUGGGAAAUUCAGCUGAGUUCCACCAAUUAUAAAUUAAGUCCAUGAGUAACUUUCCUAACAGGCUUUCUUCCGACUACCAACACCUAAUAGACAUCACAGGUGAAUGCAGAUGUUCAAUUUUGCAGACUUAAUGUUUCCUGUGAAAUUUCAUUGUACAGGUUUUGCUUUCUCUUUGCCUGAGAAAUAAAAAUGUCAUUUGCCAUAUUGCCAUCUAAAGAAGAAAAGAUGCAUCAGCCAAGCCAUUUUUUGAACUAAGAGUUUAAAAUAGACUGCAUGGAUUUACUAAGCUGAUGAAUAUUCCAAAAUGUGGUUGGAGUCAAGGAUAUUUUUUUGUCUACCAGCACUCACGUUUGUAUGUACUGGAGGAGUAAAAUAAGUAAGAUGAUACUGAAUGAAAUGGUCUGUGGAAAUACAAAAAACAAACAAACAAACAAACAAACAAAAAACAUAAACCAUCCAUCAUCCAGAAAAGAAAAAUGGAAUACACUGAUCUACUACUGAUGUCUUCUUUCAGCUUUGAUCUAAAGAUGUAUUUUAUUAAAACUAUAAUUUAAAUGUACCAUGACAAAUAUGCAGUAAAAAUUAGCUGUUUUCUAAGCUAGCUAGCUAGAGUAGGUUUUUGUCUCACAAUUUAUGUGCUAUAUAGUUCUUGUUUUAAAAAUUCCAAUUGUGUGCUGCUUUUUUUCCAACAUUGUACUUUCAGUUCCGUAAGAGGGUUCGCUGAUAUUGUUUUCGUAACAUAUAUACAUCAUUAACAGUUAAUUUCUAAAACCAAGAUAUAAAUUAUACUUUAUUUCACUGAGAAAAUCAAACAAAUGAACGCUGUUCUCACCUUCAUUUCUUUUCUUUAUGUAUUAUCCAAAUUGAUAUCAACCUGCAUACUGUUGUCAGAAAAACAGAGCAUUUAACUAGCAAAAAAAAAAAAAAAAGAGAGAGAAAGAAAAAAACAGAAGAAACAAGUUUGUUAAAUGUGUUUUAUUCUAUCUAACGAAUCAAUGAAGAGAAAAGGAACUGCAUAGCUCAUGAAAAUGAGCCUUGUUUUAAUAUAGUGUUAAUAGAAAAUGUCUCUUGGUUCUGUGCUUGAAUCCCUGCAUGAUAUUUGAGACAUAAAAACUCUCUCAUGAUCCCACGAGGAAUUAUAUCUAUGUCAUUUCUUUUUUUUUUUUAAAGAGAAGCAUCAAUAAUAUUCAGAAAAUCAUCUUAAAGGAAAUUCCCCAACUGUUUAUACCUCUAUCAGCUGCCUCUUAUCUCACCUUGUUUAAUACAAGUAUCUGUAUAAGGAACAUAUCAUUUUUUUCAUGUCAAUGUGGGUUACUUUUAUAUCAACUGUUUUCUAGGACACAGCUCACACUUAAAAAAAUGUAAAACUCUGCUUCCUAUAGCAACUUAAAAAUUAAGGUAAAAGAUUUGUUGUGAAGUAUUUACGUUCUUCUUCGUUGUCCUAAAAUGGUAUGUUGAGAAUCACUGACUUUAAGAGACUUAAGACUUUGAGCAUUACAAUAGGGGUUCUUUUGCACUACACUCGUCUUUUCAGGAAUCACUCCCUAGCUCCUUAUCAUGAACAAAAAUAAAAAGAACACAUAUUACUGCUAAUUAAUGAAGUAACAUUGAAAUUCUAACUCUAGCUGUUUGGAGAUUCUAAUUAACUCAGAAUUAGUUUCUCACCUCAGACAACAGUGAAUUUUUAUUCCCUAUCAGCUGAAAUAUGUCACAGAUGGAAGCUCUUGUUACAGUUUUAAUGAUUCUUUGAAUAAACAAUUUGUUGACGCUUGUUUCAAAUAAAAGCCUAAAAAUAAUCUACAUUCAAUUUUAAGCUCCAUUGACUAAUAUGGUGUUGCUUUUGGAAGUGCAUCCUAAAAAAUAAUCCAAAUUGCGAAAUUACUUGAAAGACACAUCCUGCACAGAAAAGUGUUUGAAAUAUAAUUAAUAUAACAAAAAGUACUCUGAAAAGUUUAAUUUUCAUAUUUUCAUGGUGUGGGUUCACUACGCUAAAAUCCAGUGUUGCAUUUCAUCUUAAAUUUGCAGCUGAAAGACAUGUAUUUGCAAGAGCAGAAAUAUCUUAUUUCUUAUAAGUUCUCAAAAAUAAAGGAUUUUAAGGGAUAAAGAUUGUAUGAUAAAAAUCAGGGAUGCCUUCCAAAAUCUGAAUGCAUUUUGCUUAGCAUUAUAAAAUACCAAUAGAAAAAAGUCUAGACUUCAAUUUAAAGUAAUAAAAACAAGCAAAUUUACUGGCAUGUCUUUACUAACUAUUGGGUCUAUGUUUUGAAGAAAAUUAUAAAUAUAUCUUACAGUUAAGUAAUUUACUGCAGACAUAAUCUUCUGCCAAUGUGUAUUAAGAGGGGGCAAUUUGCACGAAAAGAAGUAAUGUCCCACUUAAUAAUUGAGUUUUUAUAGACUUUGGCAUAUGCAUGUAUCAUCAGAGAAGAAACUUGUUGAGACUCAUGUGACCUUAAACAAAUUGUAAUAGCAGUCUUAAGGUACCAAAAACAUGCAUCACAGCAGAGAAAUCAUGGCCCAGUUGAAAACAAAUGUAAAAUAAAAACGCAUGUAAAGGCACACUUAAUGCUUUUUAUGUAUUAUUUAGUGAUUUUCAAUGGUAUGUGUUUAAUAUUUUUGCUACCUACAUACAUGUUAGGCAAAGAGAUGUAAAUAAUUUUGGAGGAAAAAAAGGGUAAGAACAGUGUAAAAUACAACCCUCUAUAGGUACUCCAUUUCAAUAUGUUGAACAUUAUCCUAAAAUGGAAGACUCUCCCACACAGGUGAUAAGGUGGUUUAUGUACUAUUUAAGGGCAGAAAGUGUGUGCCUAUUCAAUCAGCAUGGUUUUUUGCCAGGUAGUAAAUAUGUUCCAUAUCUGUAUUUAUCAUUGCAUUUCAGAUGGGAACUAGAAAACUGGAGAGAAAAAUGUAAUGAAACUGCUGCUGUAAAUUAUUCCUUUUAGCAUGUAUUCAGUUGCUAAAUACAUAUUUCUUCAAAAUAUUUGAAUUCAGAUGUCUUUACUGUUCCCUGUAACAUAUGGUGUUAAGGAACAUAAGCUUAGAAAAUUUUGAGAACCAGAGUCAGGUUGCUACAUAAUUAGCGAACAGAUUUCUUCAUUGUAGUCAUCUGUAAAUUGAUUCUAUAUUUAUGAUGAUAAUGUGAAUUUUU